AUGUGCAGUAAGUAUUGUGAAAAGUACUUUUGCAGGGAGCAAGAGAACCCCAGCUCCCUCCCCAGCGCCGGGGGCGGCGAACGGGAGCGCGCCACGCGGCGGCGGCGCGGCGGGGACGCGAGCUUCGACACGAACAUGGGUGAUCAUCUCGCGGCGCUGCGAUGUGCGCUGAUAUUCGCGCUGGGCGCUAACUCGAUGCCGCGGUGCGCGCUCCCGGUGCGCGCGGCGCCUCGCCGCGGCGGACGCCUCGCGGCGGGCGGCGUCGGCGUCGUGGCGGCCGCGCGCGGGGGGCUGAAGCGCGCGCGCUCCGCGGAUCCCGGUGGAGGUUGUACGGCCGCGGCGGCUGCGGCGCCGGAUCGGCGCCGGCGCGGGGGCGGCGGAGGGGGGGAGUGCGCGAUAUGCUUGGGGAGUUUCGCGAGGGGAGAGGUGCGCGUGCUCCCACGUCGCCACGGCUUCCACGUGCGGUGCAUCGACACGUGGCUCGCCGCCCACUCCUCCUGCCCACGUGCGGAGCUCGCUCCUCCGUAUCGACUGCGGCGGGCCGGCGCCGGCGCCGGCGCCGCCGGCGCCGAGGGGAGAUAACAUUUGCUAAGCUAGUAGUAACCUUUUAAUGUUUGUUGUUGUUGUUGCUGUUGAUUUUUUUUUUUUUUUUUUUUUUUUUUUCUAAUUCUGGGGUCAGGGUAGAUUUUCUGUAAAUAUUUAUUAAAUGGGACUUAAAAAGAAUAUUUGUUAAUUCAGAGGGGUAUUUUGCGAAAGAAAAUGGGUGGGAAGGACUAAAAUAUGACUGUUUAGUGGUGUAUUUAGUUAAACUUUUAUAAUGGAGAGAAUUUGUGUUGUUUUUUUUAA